AUACUUUUGGAACAAGUGAUAUGAAAAGGUUUACAUUUUCGAGCCUUGCAGCAGUUACCAUCGAGCUGGCUGAACGGACGCAAGUAUCGACAUUUGUAAAUUCAUUUUCUAUUGAUUGUUAUUCUCAAAUUUGGUGCUCAAAAUGAAUGCAGGAUACAACUGGAUGCCAUGGUCUGCUCACCAGGGGAUUCCGCCUGCCGGAGUUUACGCCGGCAACGAUCAGGAUGGAUCUCCGAUCUACAUUGGACGCGCUUUCCACGAUGGCGAUCAGCUACCGGCAAAAGUGAUCCCCAGCAAGCAGGCAGCCUAUGUUUCACACAACGGGCAGGAAAUUUUCAAGUCACACUUUGAGGUAUUAAGCGGUCAGGGAUUUACUUGGGUGCAUAGCAGUAAUGGACAUGUCCCGAGCGGUGCAGUGCUUUGUGGAAACACGAUAUCUGGGGAGCCAUUGUUUAUCGGUCGCGCUCAUCAUGAAGGAAGUCUAACUCCGGGAAAAAUUCAUCGUACUCAUGGUUGCUUGUACAUUCCAUUUGGGGGAGCUGAACAGAGCUUUCUACACUACGAAGUACUUGUUGGCUCACAGAGAUCCAAUUGGUCACAUUGCUCCGCCGGUGCUCCAAUCCCACCGGGCGCAAUCUUAGCCGGGCAUGAUAGCGACAGCACACCAAUUUACGUUGGUCGUGCUUACCAUGAAGGAGACCAGCUACCGGCGAAGGUAAUUCCGAGCAAGCAGAUUGCCUAUGUAUGCUACAAUGGACAGGAAGUUCCGAAACAUUCCUUUGAGGUGCUUUGCAACGGAAACGUUUCAUGGGUUCCAGCUGGAUUCGGCAGUGUUCCUCCGAAUGCAGUCCUGGGAGGACGAACAUCGGCGGGUGAAACACUUUACGUUGGUCGCGCCCAUUAUAUGGGCAGUCUAACACCGGGAAAAGUUCACCCGAGUCAUCAGACGCUGUAUAUUCCAUACGGAGGCAGCGAAGUACCAAUCAAAAGCUACGAAGUAUUGAUUGAAAACUAAGCAAUGUAUUUGUCGAAUUCGCACAUUCCUUUUCUUGUUUCCAAGACGAUGCACAAUAAAAUAUACGAGUUGUAUUAAAAAUUGCAA